CAGAGGAACUGAUAGAGAACUUUCAAAGCUCUUUAUCUUCUACCAUCACUCAACUAGCCUCUAUAUUGCAGUCUCAAACUGAAAGUCUCACAAAUUUUGUUAAAAGCUUUAGUUUCAUUUUACCUUCCUUUCUCAAACAAAGUGGUGUUUCUUUCUUUUCUUCAUCUAUUAUCAUUUCAUUUUUCACCUCUUUCUGUCUCUCUUUCUCUCUGUCGGUACCAUCAUCAUGAGACCACAAGGAAACCCUUUAGAUCUUAACAAUUUGCCUGAUGAAUACUCUAGAGAUCAUGGCAAACAACUCCUUGAAGACACCGAUCCACCCGGUUGUAGGAAAAAGAAAAACGGCGGGAAGGAAGGAAAAGAAGAGUGUGGGAAGGUGUAUGAGUGUAGAUUUUGUUCCCUCAAGUUCUGUAAAUCUCAGGCUCUUGGGGGGCACAUGAACCGUCACCGACAAGAAAGGGAAACUGAGACACUUAAUCAUGCUCGUCAGUUGGUCUUCAGAAAUGAUCAUAACAUUGCACCACAACCUCCUUCUCACCUUGUAGGAUGUUGUCCACCCCCUAUAGCAACAGGUGGUUAUAUUCCAGCAAAUACCAUGGGAGUUGAUCCAACAAUGCCACCAAGAUUUCCAAGAUACUUCUCUGGUUCAUCGUCUUCGACUCACAUUCCACCGCCUCCACCACCACCUCCACCACAGCCAUUUCUCUACUCUUCCCCUUCGCGUCCAGUUUCAUUUCCAUCACACGUGAUUCCUCAUCAUCCAAUGAACGAAUAUCACGUCGGACACGUGAUGAGUAGCAGCCACAGUCACCACCAGCAGCAGUAUGGUGGACAUGGACAACACAACUUUGGCGGAGGUGAGUCGAAUUACACGUGCAUAGGUGCACCGGUUGGACAAGGCUUUAGUGGCGGUGGUAAUGGUAAUGGUGGUGGUGGGAAGGAUCAUCAUAAUCAUCAAGAGGAAGGAGUAGGAGGAGGAGGAGGGUUGAACUGGGGAAGAAGCUAUGCAGGAACAACACAGCAGCAUCGUUUGGAUAGUCAUUCAGCAGCGAUCAAUCGGUUUCAAGAUGGUUUCUAAUGAGAGUGAGAGAGAUUCUUUAUGAGAUUGUGUUCUGUUCAAUGAUAACAACAAAAUGUGACAGAUGCAGGUGUAGUGAUGAUGAGUCAUCAGAGAGAGAGAGAAAGGGUUUGGUUUGGUUUUAUUUUGGUUUUUAUGUUAAAUUUUUCUAUAAGAAAAACAGCUUUUGAGAUCAUUCACACUCUCAGCUACUUUGGCUUGGAGCUGUGGGAAUUUGUAUGGGA